UUGCCGGGAAGGAGCCUGCGAGAGAAAGGCGGAAGCGUCAACCCGGGCAGUGAAAGCGGAAGUUGCUGGGAUGGAAAGGAAACGAACGGCUCCCAAAGCCCAGCCUGACGAUGCAGGGACCCAGACUGACCUGCGCUGGGAGCGUGAGGUCAGUGGCAACCAAUGGCAGGUGUUCCCACCUGAGCAGAGUGAGGCCCUCAGCCAAGCAGCUCGGGCACGGAAAUGGUCAGAAAAAUUAGGAGACGACCAUGUGGACCUGCGCAAGAUGUUGCAGAGGAACAAGCAGAGCGGUCAGGAGAACCGUGUCCGUGCGGCUGUCUGGGAUCAGAAAUCUUAUUUUGUCUGGCAAUGGGAAGGAGAUGAGGAAAACGACUGGAUUCCAUACCCCGCUACCACCUGCUUGAAUUUACGGGCAGCUAAGAACGGUGACCGGAGACCCAUAGUGUAUUUGACAUUUAGUCGAACGCGCUACAAGCUGGACACAGCCCGCAUGGUGCAGACAAACCAGCGGACUAAAUUUGAACGUCGGAUGGACUGCAGGGAAUCAGAUGCAACAGAAGCAGAGGUUGGAUCUCAGCUGAGCAGCAGUGACUUGGAUGCCAGUAUGGUGGUUCCUGCUAAGAAGUGCCAGACUGAAUUAGAUGCCCCUGCAUCUCAGGGGCAAGGAGAUGAUGUCAAGGCAGUGAAGACAUUGACAGUGAAGGGAAAAGCUCCAGUGGACCCAGAGUGCAAAGCCAAAUUGGGCAAAGCCCAUGUUUAUUGCGAAGGAGAUGCCAUUUACAAUGUGAUGUUGAAUCAGACAAACCUUCAAUUCAACAACAAUAAAUACUAUAUCAUACAACUGUUGGAAGAGGACAAUGCACGGAACUACAGUGUCUGGAUGCACUGGGGGCGCGUGGGUAAACCUGGCCAGCACUCCCUCAUUCCUUGCUCUGGAGAUUUAAUGAAAGCCAAAGACAUCUUCACCAAAAAGUUCCUAGAGAAAACCAAAAAUGAAUGGAACACACGUGCCAGCUUCCAGAAGGUCACAGGGAAAUACGAUCUUAUUCAUCUGGACUACAAAGCCAACAAUGCUGACAAUCCAGAAGCUGCCCCCAAGAAGACAGUUUCCAUACCCCAGGUGGUCUCCCAACUGGACUUAAGGGUACAGGCUUUGGUAGAGUUGAUAUGUAGUAUUCAGACGAUGGAGGAGAUGGUGAUCGAGAUGAAGUACGACACCCGAAAAGCUCCACUAGGAAAGUUGACAGCUGAACAGAUCCAAGCAGGAUACCGGUCAUUACAGAAAGUAGAAGCAUGUCUAAAGUGGAGUCAGACAGGUUCUGUCCUGUUGGAAGCUUGCAAUGAAUUCUAUACCCGAAUCCCCCAUGAUUUUGGGUUAAAAACACCACCACUAAUAAGGACAUUAAAAGAACUACAAGAAAAGGCACAGCUAUUAGAGGCUCUCAGUGAGAUCCGUAUUGGUAUCAAACAUGUGCAAUCAGAACAGUUGGAUCUGGAACACCCUUUGGACCAGAGCUACAGGAAUCUCGACUGUGAACUCCAACCCUUGGAAAAGGCUAGCAAUGUUUUCCAGGUGCUGGAGCACUACUUGCUGUCCACCCAUGCUCCCACCCACAAGGAUUACACGAUGACCCUGGUUGAGGCCUUUGAGGUGAACAAGAAAAAGUCAGAAGCCGUCUUCCGUUUUGACCUGCCCAACAGGAUGCUGCUGUGGCACGGAUCUCGCCUGGGUAACUGGGCGGGGAUUUUGAGCCAGGGGUUGCGUGUGGCACCACCAGAGGCUCCCGUGACAGGUUACAUGUUUGGAAAAGGCAUUUAUUUUGCGGAUAUGUCCUCUAAGAGUGCCAAUUACUGCUUUGCCACUCGCGAGAAAGACGUCGGCUUCCUCCUGCUGUCAGAGGUUGCUCUAGGAGAAUCCAAUGAACUGUUGGAGGCUAAUCCAGAAGCAGAAAAACUACUGUUCAGGAAACAUAGUACCAAAGGCCUUGGCAAGCUUGCUCCAGCCAGUUGUGUUUUUCUGCAUGGUGCCACUGUUCCUGUGGGCCCAGCUAAAGAAACCGGGAUAGCAAACCCUCAUGGCUAUGCCCUAAAUUAUAAUGAAUUUGUUGUCUAUGACCCACGGCAGGUGCGUAUGAAGUACCUUCUCAAGGUGCGCUUCAAUUUCCCACGGAUUUGGUAAAUGGAGAAAAAAAUGGAGAGAAAAACUGGCGUAAGAAUGACAUCUUGAAGCAGAGAUGGUUCUCUUUUGAUGGGUGCUUUCUACUUGAGAGGCUGAAGAAGACAACUCCUGAAACUGACCUUGUCGUGCGGUUAGAAAACUUUUGCCGUAUUUUCGUUUACAUUUCUGUUACGAAGUUGUCUCCUGAGUGA